AUGAACUCAAAUUAUUCUAAUAACCAAUUUUUUGGUUCUGAUAACAACCUCUCAUUCCAAAUGAAUCCUGCAGCUGGUUCACGUAUGAAUAUUCCUUAUAUGGAUGUGCAGAAUACUAGCAUCCAUUUAUCAAACCAAUAUUACGACAAUCCAGGACAAAUCUCUGUAAAUUCUUCUAUUGUACAAGGCAAUUGCGUUCAUCCUAUUAAAUUUAUUUAUAGCCCACCAAAUGAUAUCUACAUCUAUCAUAUAAAAUGUAAAGAAAUCUCAAUCCAAUUAUUAAAUGAAAUUAGUAAUAACGUAUCCAACAUUAACUUCAAUCAAAAUGAAUACUUCUUCUUUUAUCAACAACAAAAUGAUAAUCGAACUUAUCAAGUGGUUUGUGAAAUAGUUUCUCCCUCUUUUAUUAUUAAUUUUUUAAAUAAAACUAUUUAUGGAAUUGAAAUUGAACAAAAUAUUGGCGAAGAAUUGAUCUUCAAAUUUGAUCAAAAGGAAAACCUCAAAUUUUAUUUAACACAAUAUCUAAAUAGAUUUUCAUUAUAG